AAGAAACUGAUGUUUAUGCCUUCAAAAGGAAGAAGAUGAAAAUAAGGAGAAGAAACUGAUUUGGCACUUCACACUAGUAAAUGCCAGUUACAGUCUCUAGUGAGUGCGCCUCCCCUGUAGAGAGAGGAAAUGAUAUCACCAUGUCCAGUCCCCUCCAUGAUGAGCAACAGAUCAAGGAACAGUAGAGAGAGAGAGAGACAGGAAGGGAUAACCAUUGAUUGCCCAUUGGAAGGGAUAACCAUUGAUUGCCCAUUUAUGGAAUAAUGAACAGAGAAUGUAGUCAAAUACCACAAGUGACUUGCCCAUGAUCUAACACUCCGUGUUAACUGGACCCUCUCAGACACCCGACAAUCGCGGGAGCUGGCAUUAGGUGGAAAGAUCCAAGCACCCCAUGUGGUGCUCAUGUAUUCAAAGCUCCCACAACAAUGCCAUGUCUUUCUUCUCUCUCUAGAACCAGGCUUCAUCCAUGGCUGCUUCUUUUAGCAUAAACAACUUUGAUCGAAUUUCAAAACUCUUCUUUUAAGUGGGGUUCUUUUUUUGGGGUGGGGGUCUUAAUUUUGUGGUUUUGAUCAUGUGGGAUUCCGAAAGCGAGUCAGGAGGAGGAAGGAAUUAUGAUACAGGUGUUCUCAGUUCGAGCAAUCAUAGUUUGAAAACUGAUGGCUUCGAGCGAAGGGAAAACACUUGGUACGUUGCAACUGAUAUUCCUAGUGAUCUACUGGUUCGAAUUGGAGAUGUCCAUUUCAACUUACACAAGUACCCUCUGCUCUCACGAAGUGGACGGCUUAACCGGAUCAUAUAUGAAUCAAGAGACUCAGAAUUGGACCGAGUUGACCUCAAUGAACUCCCUGGUGGACCAGAGGCCUUUGAGCUUGCUGCGAAAUUUUGUUAUGGCGUAGCAAUUGAUCUCACAGCUGCAAAUAUUUCAGGACUAAGAUGUGCAGCCGAAUAUUUAGAAAUGACAGAGGACUUAGAAGAAGGUAAUCUCAUAUUCAAAACUGAAGCUUUUCUAAGCUACGUGGUGCUUUCUUCAUGGAGAGAUUCAAUUCUUGUAUUGAAAAGUUGUGAGCAACUAUCACCAUGGGCUGAGAACCUGCAAAUAGUGCGGCGAUGCAGUGAGUCCAUAGCUUGGAAGGCGUGUGCAAACCCAAGAGGGGUCAGAUGGGCCUAUACUGGAAAACACAGUAGGGGCUCGAGUCCUAGGUGGAAUGAAAUGAAGGAAUCGAGCCCAAGUAAAAACCAGCAAGUGCCCCCGGAUUGGUGGUUUGAAGAUGUAUCAAUACUCAGAAUCGAUCACUUUGUGAGAGUGGUCACUGCAAUCAAAGUAAAGGGGAUGAGAUUUGAGCUUAUUGGAGCUGCGAUCAUGCAUUAUGCUUCGAAGUGGCUUCCGGGUAUAGGGAAAGAAGGAAAUGGGGAAGAGAAUAACAGGGAUUCUAAUGGCUGGAAAGGGGGGCUCCAUAUUAUAGUUGCAGGGGGGAAAGAAGAGUUGCCCAACAUACAAAUGAGAGAACAGAGAAUGAUAAUUGAGAGUUUGAUCAGUAUUAUUCCCCCUCAGAAAGAUACUGUGUCUUGUAGCUUCCUUCUUCGGCUUUUGAGGAUGGCCAAUAUGCUUAAGGUGGCACCUGCACUUGUGACCGAGCUCGAGAAGAGGGUGGGCAUGCAGUUUGAGCAAGCCAAUUUGCCAGAUCUUUUAAUACCUUCUUACAGUAAGGGAGAGACUUUGUAUGAUGUUGACUUGGUUCAAAGGCUUUUAGAGCAUUUCCUGGUUCAAGAGCAAACAGAGCCUUCUAGCCCUGGCAGGCAGUCCUUCCCAGAGACUCCAAGGUCUCACCCAAAUGUGCCUAAUGCAAAGAUGAGGGUUGCCAGGCUUGUGGACAGUUACCUAACAGAGGUUUCAAGGGAUCGGAACCUUUCUCUUACCAAGUUUCAAGUUCUUGCAGAGGCAUUGCCAGAAUCAGCCAGAACAUGUGAUGAUGGUCUCUAUAGAGCCAUUGAUUCUUAUCUCAAGGCUCACCCGACCUUGUCCGAGCACGAGAGGAAGAGAUUAUGCCGUGUAAUGGACUGUCAAAAGCUCUCCAUCGAUGCCUGCAUGCAUGCUGCUCAAAAUGAGCGGCUCCCACUGAGGAUUGUAGUCCAAGUCCUUUUCUCUGAGCAGCUCAAGAUCAGUAAUGCCAUAGCCACCAACACCAUUAAGGACCAAGUCGACCCUCAAUAUCAGCCACUCAUCCCUACCCGAAAGGCCCUGUUAGAGGCCACUCCCCAAUCAUUCCAAGAAGGUUGGUCGACUGCAAAGAAGGACAUAAACACACUCAAAUUCGAGCUCGAGAGCAUGAAGGCCAAGUACUUGGAGUUGCAAAAUGACAUGGAAAAUCUGCAAAGACAGAUGGACAAAAUGUCCAAGCAAAAGCAUGGGUCGGCAUGGAGCAGUGGGUGGAAGAAGCUUAGCAAGCUCACCAAUGCCAAUAUCUUUCAGGCGAAGAUGUCAGCUUAUGAAACGCAAGAAAUCGGUUCUCAGGUUCCUGUUGCUCCUCAUCAGAACAGGAAGGCUCUUAGGCGCUGGAGGAACUCAAUUUCCUAGCCCUAUUUCAAUCUUUCCUUCUGCUGCCAAAGAGGUUUUAUAUUAGUGUUAUCUUAUUAGUUUCAAAUUACAAAAUUAUGAAUCCAACAGUCACGUUGUGAGCAUUUGAGUAUUCGUUGCAUGUGUAAUACAAUCAGUGUGUUUGGUAGAAA